CACCUCGUCUCCAAGAUUUUUUUGAAAAGUGAUAUAACAUAUCCUCCUCGAGCGAGGAAAGGAGAAACGGUUGUGGGGGCCGCCAUGAGGGAGGAUGAGCAGUAGCGGGGGCAAGAAGGCGUCUGGCGGGAAGGAGGAGAGGAGGAAUGCCUCGAGCAAGGAGGAGAGCCCGGUGGCGAAGGGGGACGAGGGGUCGGGCGGAGGAGCGAGCAGCACGGACGGGGCCCAGCCGGGGAGCAAGCCUGGAUCGGCGGGGGCGAGCAGCAGGGAGGCCGUGCAGAAGCUGGUCGGGCUGGCGGGGCGCGGGGAAUGGGCGCCGGUGGACCAGCUGCUCAAAUCUCUGGAGAAGGCGGCGCAGAGCGUCGGGGGGGAGGAUGGAGGGCCCCUUCUGCCCCUGGCCAGCGUCAUGGACCCGGCAACGGGGAUGACGCCGCUGAUGCACGCGGUGAAGGACAAUCGGAGGUUGCUCGACCGAAUGAUCGAGUUGGGGGCGGACGUAGGCGCCAGAAUAACGCAAGACAAUUACAAUGCUCUUCACAUCGCGGCCAUGUACUCGAGGGAGGACGUGGUUAAACUGCUCUUGUCAAAACGGAGCGUCGAUCCUCACGCGACCGGAGGGCCGAGGCAACAAACUGCCGUACACUUGGUCGCGUCCAGACAAACGGGUACCGCUACCUCCAUUUUGAGAGCAUUGCUGGCCGCCGCCGGGCGGGACAUCAGGCUGAAAGUCGAUGGGAAAGGAAAAAUACCGUUGCUGUUGGCGGUGGAAGCUGGGAACCAAUCGAUGUGCAGGGAAUUGUUGGCCCAGCAGGCGCCCGAUCAGCUACGCGCUACCACCACGACCGGCGAUUCGGCGCUCCAUCUCGCGGCCAGAAGACGAGACAUCGAUAUGGUGCGGAUAUUGGUGGAUUACGGGGGAACGGUGGACAUGCAAAACGGCGACGGACAGACAGCGUUGCACAUAGCGAGCGCGGAGGGCGAUGAGACUCUCGUCAAGUAUUUUUACGGCGUAAGAGCGUCGGCAUCCAUCACCGAUCAUCAAGAUCGCACACCCAUGCAUCUGGCGGCGGAGAACGGGCACGCUUCCAUCAUCGAGCUGCUUGCCGACAAAUUCAAGGCGAGCAUAUUCGAAAGAACGAAGGACGGCUCGACGUUGAUGCACAUAGCCUCGUUGAACGGGCACUCGGAAUGCGCGACGAUGCUGUUCAAGAAGGCUUACUUGCACAUGCCGAAUAAGCGCGGGGCCAGGUCGAUUCACACAGCCGCCAAGUACGGCCACGUCGGGAUCAUAAGCACUCUUCUGCAACGAGGGGAGAAGGUGGACGCGACCACCAACGACAAUUACACCGCGCUGCACAUAGCCGUGGAGAACGCGAAACCCGCUGUGGUGGAGACGUUGUUGGGUUACGGGGCUGAGGUUCACGUUCGAGGUGGAAAACUUCGAGAAACGCCUCUCCACAUAGCGGCGAGAGUGUCGGACGGUGACAGAUGCGCGCUCAUGUUGCUGAAAUCCGGCGCAGGGCCGAAUUUGACCACAGACGACGGUCAAACGCCCGUGCACGUGGCGGCCAGCCACGGGAACCUGGCCACUUUGUUGUUGCUUUUGGAGGACGGAGGGGAUCCUAUGUACAAGUCGAAGAACGGGGAAACGCCGUUGCAUCUGGCCUGCAGAGGGUGCAAGGCGGACGUGGUCCGGCACUUGAUCCGAUUCGUGAAGGAAAGGAGGGGCGCGGAAACAGCGACCUCCUACGUAAACAGUCUGACGAACGAAGGUGCGAGCGGCCUGCACUACGCGGCGCAGAUCGAGCCGUCCGAGGUCGGGACGCCCGGGGACGACAGAGCGGUUAUUCGCGCUCUCCUCGAAGGCGGGGCGGACGUUUCGUUGCAGACAAAACAGGCCCAGGAGUCGGCGUUCCAUCACUGCGCGUUGGCCGGGAACAACGAGAUCCUGUCCGAGAUGAUAAGCGGGAUGUCGGCGACCGAGGUGCAGAAGGCGUUGAACCGUCAAAGCGCGGUCGGGUGGACACCGUUGCUGAUCGCCGCUCACCGCGGCCACAUGGAGCUGGUCGCCACGCUGCUCGCCAACCACGCGAGAGUGGACGUGUUCGACCUCGAGGGGAGAUCCGCCCUUCACCUGGCAGCCGAGCACGGCUAUCUUCAAGUGUGCGACGCGUUGCUCGCGAACAAAGCGUUCAUAAACUCCAAGUCGAGGGUCGGGAGAACGGCGUUGCACCUGGCCGCGAUGAACGGCUACUCGCAUCUCGUCAAAUUUCUCGUCCAGGAUUACGGGGCCGCGAUAGACGUUCUCACGCUGAGGAAGCAGACCCCCCUCCACUUGGCGGCCGGGGCAGGCCAGUUGGAGGUGUGCAAGCUCCUGCUCGAGCUCGGUGCGAGCAUAGACGCGACCGACGACCAGGGCCAGAAACCGAUUCACGCGGCGGCGAUGAACAAUUACGCGGAGGUUGCCCAGCUGUUCCUUCAAAGGCAUCCGAGCCUGGUGAUGGCGUGCACCAAAGAUGGCAACACCUGCGCCCAUAUAGCGGCGAUGCAGGGCAGCGUGCGGGUGAUCGAGGAACUGAUGAAAUUCGACCGCCAGGGCGUCAUCUCGGCGAGGAACAAGUUGACCGAAGCGACACCUCUUCAGUUGGCGGCCGAGGGGGGACACGCCGAGGUGGUGAGGGCGCUGGUGAGGGCAGGCGCAUCCUGCGCAGACGAGAAUCGGGCAGGAUUCACCGCUGUUCACUUGGCCGCCCAACACGGGCACGGCCAGGUAUUGGAAGUGAUGAGAUCGUCUCAGUCCCUUCGUAUAUCCAGCAAGAAGCUCGGCGUUACCGCUCUGCACGUAGCCGCUUACUUUGGCCAGGCUGAUACCGUGCGAGAAUUGCUGACCCACGUGCCUGGAACGGUGAAAUCCGAUCCUCCGACCGGUGGCUCUCUGGUGGGAGAAUUGGGAAGCGAAUCUGGGAUGACGCCUCUGCACUUGGCCGCUUAUUCGGGAAACGAGAACGUCGUACGAUUGCUCUUGAACUCGGCCGGUGUGCAGGUGGAGGCGGCGACCACGGAAAACGGUUUUAAUCCAUUGCACUUGGCCUGUUUCGGCGGUCACAUCACGGUGGUCGGCCUUCUGUUGAGCAGAUCGGCCGAAUUGUUGCACAGCUCGGACCGUUACGGUAAAACCGGCCUUCACAUAGCGGCGACGCACGGCCACUAUCAAAUGGUGGAAGUGCUUCUCGGCCAGGGAGCGGAAAUAAACGCGACCGAUAAAAAUGGAUGGACGCCGUUGCAUUGCGCGGCGCGGGCCGGUUAUCUCGACGUUGUCAAAUUGCUGGUGGAGAGCGGGGCGUCGCCCAAGAGCGAGACCAAUCUCGGAAGCGCGCCGAUAUGGUUCGCCGCGUCGGAGGGCCACAACGACGUGCUCAAGUAUCUCAUGGAAAAGGAGCACGAUACUUACGCCUUGAUGGAGGAUAAAAGAUUCGUCUACAACAUGAUGGUGUGCAGUAAGAACAACAACAACAAACCGAUCGAGGAAUUCGUGCUUGUAUCCCCGGCGCCGGUGGACACGGCCGCCAAGCUUUCCAACAUCUACGUGAAAUUGUCGGAGAAGGAGAAGGAGAGGGCGAAAGACUUGAUAGCGGCGGGCAAGCAGUGCGAAACGAUGGCCACGGAAUUGCUCGCUUUAGCCGCUGGGGCCGACUCGGCUGGAAGGAUUCUCACCUCGAUGGAUCGCAGGAACGUGGAGUUUUUGGACGUGUUGAUCGAAAACGAGCAGAAGGAGGUGAUCGCGCACACGGUUGUGCAACGGUAUCUCCAAGAGUUGUGGCAGGGCAGUUUGAACUGGAACGCGUUCAGGACGAUCCUUCUGUUCGUCGCGUUCCUCGUCUGCCCCCCCGUCUGGGUGGUGUUCGCCCUCCCUCUCGGUCACAAAUACAACAACGUCCCGAUCAUAAAGUUCAUGUCUUACCUAACCUCCCACAUAUACCUGAUGGUGUUCCUUUUGCUGGUCGGCAUAAUCCCUAUAUACCCGGUGGUAAGGCCGAGCCUGUUACCCUAUUGGUACGAAUGGUGCCUGCUCGUCAUGCUGUCCGGGCUAUUGCUCUUCGAGCUGACCAACCCGAGCGACAAGAGUGGACUAGGCUGGAUCAAGCUUGCCGUGCUGCUGUUUGGAAUUUGCGGGGUCGCGUUCCAUCUAAUGUGUUUCGUGAUCGUUCACCGACCCUACUGGCCGACCCUGCUCUACCUAAGAAAUCAACUAUUCGCCCUGAGCUUUUUGCUCGCCUGUGUGCAGAUUCUCGAUUUCCUCUCGUUCCACCAUCUGUUCGGCCCGUGGGCAAUCAUCAUUGGUAACCUGAUGAAGGAUCUGGCGAGAUUUCUCGCCGUCCUGGCCAUCUUCGUGUUCGGUUUCUCCAUGCACUUUGUUGCAUUGAACCAAGCGUUUGGGAACCAGUCGGAUGGCGGAGGGCGGAUGGACGACAAAAAGAGAAAAGGCGUCUUCAGCGACGUAAAGAUGAAUCCUGUACUCGCCUUCGAAUAUCUGUUCUUCGCCGUCUUUGGUCAAACAACCCACGGCGAGCUAAAGGUCGAGACUAAUCAGCCGCAGUGGACCUCGGUCCUGUUCAAGUUGGCCUUUGGUGUAUACAUGUUGGUCUCAGUAGUCGUAUUAAUUAAUCUACUGAUUGCCAUGAUGAGUGACACCUACCAGCGGAUACAGGCCCAAUCGGAUAUUGAAUGGAAAUACGGGCUCAGUAAACUGAUCCGAAACAUGCACAGAACGACCACCGCUCCGUCGCCCCUUAACUUGCUCACUACUUGGAUCGUGUACUUCAUCAAGGUGUGCAAACAACACGCCGCGAAACGAAAACGUCCCUCGUUAGUGCAUAUGAUGGGACUUCAGCGAGCUGCCCGUCUCUCGCCUAGAUCGAAGAUGGGCGCGAAAUGGUUGGCGAAAGUGAAGAAAGGUCAAGUUAGACCAAAGGAUAGUGUAACUUUAUCCGUUGUACAUUUGAGUCCUCUUGGUAGUCAAUUAUCCUUCAAUAGCGCUACCAGAAUAGAGAAUGUGGUUGACUGGGACUCGAUCCGUAAAAAAUAUUUAGCUUUGGCCGGAAAUGAGCCUGAAAAAGAAGCAGACAAGGAUGCUAAAAACGAAGAUGAGGAGAACGAGGAUGAAAACGCACCUAUGGUUUCCAACUCUUCCACGGUACCAACGACUACAACGCCACCUGUUUGAAAGAAGUUGCUCCUUCGCCUCGGAAAAACAUAAAAAAGUUCGACCAAUUAUUACCAAAUUUUAUAGAUUUCAUCGAGUGCGAUGAUGCAUAAAUAUUCUCAUCGCGUUGAAAAUAGUGGUGAAAAUAGUUUUUAUGCGGAAAUAUUUAUUUUAGAUAACAUUUCGUAAUUAGAUUCGUAACAUUUGAAGGUUAACUUUUUAUUCGCGAGAU